CGCAAGCGCGUAGCCCGUCCCGGCUCUGGAGCAUAAACAAGAGUGUGGACGGGAUGAGGCGGCGGUUGGUCCCCACUCAGCGAGUGGCGGCGAGCGAAGGAGCAAGCCGGACCGGGCGCAGAUCCUGAGUGGAACACGCUCCCGCGGGCCGCCCGAGUUGCGCCACGCGCGCUCCCGCGAAGGGGGUCCGAGCCCGUCGCGCGCGCGCAGCCAUGAACCUGGCGAGCCAGAGCGGAGAGGCCGGCGCCGGCCAGCUGCUGUUCGCCAACUUCAACCAGGAUAACACGUCCCUCGCGGUUGGUAGUAAGUCCGGGUAUAAGUUUUUCUCCCUUUCUUCUGUGGAUAAGCUGGAACAGAUCUAUGAAUGCACUGACACAGAAGAUGUGUGCAUCGUGGAGAGAUUGUUUUCAAGCAGCUUGGUAGCCAUCGUCAGCCUCAAAGCUCCCAGGAAACUGAAAGUUUGCCACUUUAAGAAGGGAACUGAAAUAUGCAACUACAGCUACUCCAACACGAUACUGGCUGUGAAGCUGAACAGGCAGAGGCUCAUUGUGUGUCUGGAGGAGUCACUCUAUAUACACAACAUCCGGGACAUGAAGGUACUUCAUACCAUCCGAGAGACACCCCCAAACCCUGCAGGCUUGUGUGCACUGUCAAUAAACAACGACAAUUGCUACUUGGCGUACCCAGGGAGUGCGACCAUCGGGGAGGUGCAGGUCUUCGACACCAUUAACUUGAGAGCUGCAAACAUGAUCCCGGCUCAUGACAGUCCCUUAGCAGCCCUGGCUUUUGACGCAAGUGGGACCAAGCUUGCCACUGCUUCUGAGAAGGGGACUGUGAUCAGGGUAUUUUCCAUUCCAGAGGGACAAAAGCUGUUCGAGUUCCGAAGAGGAGUGAAGAGGUGUGUGAGCAUCUGCUCCCUGGCCUUCAGCAUGGACAGCAUGUUUCUCUCCGCAUCCAGCAACACCGAAACUGUGCAUAUCUUCAAACUUGAGGCCGUGAGGGAAAAACCUCCAGAAGAGCCCACCACCUGGACUGGCUACUUCGGGAAGGUGCUUAUGGCAUCUACCAGCUACCUGCCCUCACAAGUGACAGAAAUGUUCAACCAGGGCAGAGCCUUUGCCACUGUCCGCCUACCAUUCUGUGGCCAUAAAAACAUCUGCUCAUUAACCACAAUUCAGAAGAUCCCACGGUUGCUGGUGGGAGCAUCAGAUGGCUAUUUAUACAUGUACAACCUGGACCCCCAGGAAGGUGGCGAAUGUGCCCUGAUGCGUCAGCACAGGCUCGAUGGCAGUAUGGAGACUACCAGCGAAAUUGUAGACUCUGCCUCUCACGACUGCCCCUUAGUAACACAGACGUACGGCGCAGCAGCUGCCAAAGGUGCCUAUGUGCCCUCCUCCCCAACGAGGCUUGGUAAAGGGCAGGAUACCAACUUAGAAGCCUACACAGAUGACCUGGGUGCCGUGGGGGGCACUUGCCUGGAGGAUGAAGCCAGCGCCCUGCGCCUGGAUGAAGACAGCGAACAUCCUCCCAUGAUUCUCCGGACUGACUGAUCCUGACCUGUGAACUCUGGCCCAGGAGCAGAGGACACUGGCCUGGCAGAGGACUUGUGCAUUGCUGCUAUGAACUUUGACCUGAAUUGAGGGAGAGGAUGGCAGAGAUUUUAAAGCGAAGAGAUUGUAGUUCUAGUUUAUCCAUACUGUCGAGAAAAUACACUGUUUUCACUUCAGUGACUUUAAUCCUG